AUGCGGUAUCCCUUUUGGUUUGGAGGCAGCGCGAGUAGCUUGGCCGCCUGUGUCACGCAUCCCCUGGACUUGAUCAAGGUCCGCCUGCAAACGCGCAAACCCGACGCCCCCAAGUCCAUGAGCGGCACCUUUGCCCACGUCCUCAAGAACGACGGCGUCCUCGGCCUGUACAGCGGCAUCUCCGCGUCCCUGCUGCGCCAGCUGACGUACUCGACGGCGCGCUUCGGCAUCUACGAGGAGGUCAAGCAGCGGUACACGCGCUCCCGCGGCGGCAAGGACCCCUCGUUCCCCGCGCUCAUCGCCAUGGCCGUCGGCUCGGGCUUCGUCGGCGGCGUGGCCGGCAACUUCGCCGACGUGAUCAACGUGCGCAUGCAGCACGACGCCGCCCUGCCGCCCGCCGAGCGCCGCAACUACCGGCACGCGCUCGACGGCAUGGCCCGCAUGGCCCGCGACGAGGGCGCCCUCAGCUGGUUCCGCGGCUGGCUGCCCAACAGCUGCCGCGCCGCCGUCAUGACCGCCGGCCAGCUCGCCACCUACGACACCUUCAAGCGCCUGCUGCUCGACUACACCCCCAUGGGCGACACCCUCACCACGCACUUCUCCGCCUCUUUUCUCGCCGGCCUGGCCGCCGCCACCGCGACGAGCCCCAUCGACGUCAUCAAGACUCGGGUCAUGUCCACGUCGCACAAGCAGGGCAUCAUCCACCUCGUAAGAGACAUCAACAGAGCCGAGGGCAUCCGCUGGAUGUUCAAGGGCUGGGUCCCCAGCUUCCUCCGCCUUGGCCCACACACAAUCUGUACAUUCAUCUUCCUAGAGAUGCACCGCAAGGUAUAUAGAAAAGUAAAAGGAGUCGACGAAAAGACGGUAUAG